AUGGAGUUUUCCAUUGGGAAUGUAAUCCUUUCAGAUGGAAAUAAUAAAGGUGAUGUAUCAGCAUGGCCCUCAUGUUCUGACAUAUCAAUUCAAACAGAUUUUUCUGAGGAUUCAGACAUUGAAUGGUUUGAUGCUGAAGACAUGGAAAAAGAUGAUUUCAUAGAAAGCUCAUCCGAUGAAGAGCAAUUCGUAGAUUUAACGUAUAAUAACAUUUCAACUUUGCAACCCGAAAAGCUGAAUUUUUCGCUAUUAGCAAUACCACAACCAUCAGUUGCCAUUUUCAACAAAUUUGGGAUACGAUUAUUGAAUGAAAAACAUAAUGAAAAUAAAUUGUACAAUGCAUUCAUUUCUUAUACUCAUAAAUAUGAAGGAUUUGUUGUGCAUGAACUUGUGCCAAGACCCGAAAAGAUGGAAGGAUAUAAAUUAUGUCUACACUUUUGGGAUUUUCCAGUUGGCGCAUGUAUAGCAGAGACAAUCAUUCAAUCAGUAGAAGAAAGUUCUCGAACAGUCAAAAUAGUCUCACAUAAUUUCUUGCAGAGCGAAUGGUGUCAUUACGAAUUCCAAACAUCUCAUCACAGUGUUUUAAAAGAUAGAUACAAGAAUAUAAUUAUAAUAUUGAUGGAAAAUAUUAACUUCUCCAAACUUGAUCCGGAACUCAAAUGUUACAUGAAAACUAGAACUUAUUUGAAAAGUCAGAAUCCUUGGUUUUGGGAAAAGGUUAUGUUUGCUUUACCAAAGAGAAAAGAUAACCAUAAUGUACAAAUUAAUGAUUGA